GACGCGCCGUGGCCCGCGGCGUCCCCCCGCAGUCAGGCUUGACGGGGACCGACCCGCGGAGAAGCCGGCGUCUGGAUAUCGCCUGAAAAGCACCACCCAACAACUUGGAUUGCUUUUGUCCGUAGCAUUUUAAACUUUUCUUUUCUUUUUUCUUCUUCUCCUUUUUUUUUCUAUUUCGUUUUUUGGACGAAAAUUAAGGAUGUUGUUUCUAUGUGCCUCCAGCGCCUUAAGCCCCCCUUCCAAGUUUACCUGUAGUUUUUUAUUUCUUCUCUGGUUCUUCCAUAUGCCCCGGCCAUCCACACAACUCAUUACAGGUACGGAGGCCAGCUGUGAGAACGAGGGCGAGGUGCUGCACAUCCCCAACAUCACCGACAACCCCUGCAUCACCUGCGUCUGUCUGGACGGGAAGGCAGACUGUAAACAGGAGAAGUGUCCACUGGUGUCUGACGACUGUGCCCUGGUGGUGAAGCAGACAGGAGCCUGCUGUGAGCGAUGUAAAGGUUGCCAGUUGGACGGGAGGUCCUAUAACAGCUCAGUAUCCUGGACUAGUUCUACUAAGCCCUGCAUCACCCGACGCUGUCAGGAAGGUGUCAUCACUGAGGCAGAAGUGCAAUGUGUCGUACACUGCAAGAACCCCAAGAUCCACCCCAAGAAGUGCUGUCCUACCUGUCCUAGCUGCAUCUUUGAGGGUCGUCUAUAUAAAGAGAAGGAGGAGUUUAAUCCAGAAGGCAAGCCCUGCAUCAAAUGUACCUGCACUGGCGGACGGACCCUGUGCGUGCGGGAGGCGUGUCCUGUUCUCUCAUGCCCCGCCCAUCUCAGCCACACCCCACCUGGACAGUGCUGUCCCAGAUGUCUCGGCCAGAGGAAGGUGUUCGACCUGUCUUUAGGGAGCUGUCUGUUCCACAGCGAGGUCUAUGAGAAUGGCACCUCCUUCAAGCAUGACAACUGCACCACCUGCACCUGCAAGGAUUCCACAGUGGUUUGCAAGAGACGCUGUUCACGGCCGGGGAGCUGCCAUGGUGACCUUUGCUGUGAGGAGUGUCUGUCUUACGUGAAGGUAGAAGAAGUGAAAUACUGCCGUGUCAGAAACAAGAUCUACAGGGAAGGGGACAUGUGGUCAUCAGUAAACUGCACCCUGUGUGCCUGUGUCAAAGGAAACAUCGAGUGCCAGCCCAAGCAGUGCGUUCCAAUCAUCAGCUGCCCCUCGAAUAAAAUCCUGAAUCGGACCGGCUGCUGUCCAGUUUGCACUGAAAAGCCGGGUGUGUGCACAGUUUUUGGCGACCCCCACUACAACACCUUCGACGGGCGCACGUUUAACUUCCAGGGUACCUGCCAGUAUGUGCUGACCCGCGACUGCGGUAGUGCCCCCUCACCCCUCCAGGUGCUUGUGAGGAACGACGCCAGACGGACGCGCUCUUUCUCCUGGACCCAGUCCGUGGAGUUGAGGUUGGGGGGGCUCAGUCUCAGCCUCCACCAGCACCUGACGGUCCGGAGGAAUGGCACACGUAUCGCCCUGCCCUACCACGGACCCGGAGUCCACAUCGACCUGGAUGGAUACCUGCUCAAACUCACCACCAUCGCAGGCCUGGAGAUCACAUGGGACGGUGACAGCUUCGUGGAGGUUGUGGCGGCCCCCCAUCUGCGCGGACGUCUCUGCGGUCUGUGCGGGAACUACAACGGCCACAAGCGCGAUGACGCCCUUGGGGGCGAUGGCCAGUUCAAGUUCGACGUGGACGAGUUCGCCGAGUCGUGGCGUGUGGAGGGCAACGAGGUGUGCGCCCGCCAGCCGCCUCCCCGCCGGCCCACAUCCUUCCUGUGCCCCGGCAGCGUCAAGGUGAAGUUCCGUGCCCACCGGGAGUGCCAGAAGAUCAAGUCAUGGGAGUUUCAGAAAUGCCACCGUGUGGUCGACUUCUCACCCUUCUACAGGUCGUGCGUCACAGACAUGUGCGAGUGUCCAGUCCAUAAGAACUGUUACUGUGAGUCCUUCAUCGCCUACAGCCGGGCCUGUGACAGGGAAGGAGUUCCUGUCCCCUGGAGGCCUGACACUGCUUGUAUGGCCACCCAGUGUAAACACGGCGCCGUGUAUGACACCUGUGGACCCGGCUGCACCAAGACCUGCGACAACUGGAAUGAGAUCAGGCCGUGCCACAAACCCUGUGUGGCCGGCUGCCACUGCCCCGCCAACCUGGUGCUGUUCCAGGGUCGCUGUAUCAAACCUACAGCCUGCCCUGGACGGUGA